AAAAAAAUUUAGAGCGAUUGCGACUCCGGUCCGAAAUCAAGUAAAGCUGAAUCACCUCGCUACCGGUUACGGUAUGUAAUAUCGCGAGAUUAGCUAAGAUUCAUCAUGUCAUUUGGAUUCAACACAAACACUAGAUCUAAAGAGGAUAUAUCCUUUAGACUUAAACAACACAAUGUCAAACGGGCACGAGAUGAGACUCACAAACUGGAAACAGAGAGUAGGAAGAUGGAGGAGAGGCUAGCAGAACUCCGACUGGCGAUGAACAAAGAAAAGGAGGAGAGAGAGAGACAAGGUGGGGGUUACUGGUCCAGAGGUCAGACAGGGAACCUGAACUCCUAUGCCACGGACGUCCUAAAUAAACCCUCCUCUUCCAAGAGUUCUGGUAAAAAGAAAGUCAAAGUCCUAAAGGACACUCCUCUUGACAUCCCAGAAAGACCAAGUCAACCAGGAACAAUGGCGUACAUUGCCAAACAAGACGUAUCCUCCACUCCACGACAGAAGGUCAAAGGUCCCAAGUGUGGCCAGUGUGAGGAGAAAAAAGCUGCUGUGUCUUGCAUCCAAUGCUCUGAGCUGUAUUGCCCGAGUUGUUUUGCAGCAUUCCAUUUGAAAGGAGCCCUGAAAAAGCACAGGUCCAUUCCAGUGUCUGCAACAGGGCCAAGGCAGUGUAUGUCUCCAAGACCUGCACCUCCAGUUACAAAUGGCAAUGGGGAUUAUGACAAUCAUACCUCCGAAAAUUUUGAAAGUUACCCCUCAGAAAAUGCGAUCCACCCUGCACACUCCAGCAUUAACAGAGUAAGAUUCAACGAUCAAGGAAGGAACAGUCCUGAGGGGGCGAGCGGAUCCUUUGAUGGCCCCUCCCUGUUUGAUGGGGAUUACAACGAGGCUGAGAGUGCUGCUUCAUUCCAGGCGGCCCUAGCUGCCUGGAGGACAGGAAAGUCUGAGGGUGGGGAACCAGCUCAGGAGUCGACCACCAGACAACCUCCUCAAGUUCUCAAAGUGGAAACUCCACGUCAACCUGUUCCAAUGGGAAUUGACAGUGGCACAGAAACCAAAAAACCUCCUCCUGUGGAAAUAAAGUUUUCCUCCAACCUAACCUAUGCUGAACGACUCCUCCUUAAGAAACACAGACAGACAGACGUAGAGAAGACUGAGACCCCUCGGGUCAGUUUGCCUGCGACUCCUCGACUGAACUUCCCCUCCAUGCCUGAGGACAAUUACAGUGAGGUACAGAUGCCCUUCACCCCUCGGAGCCAGCAGACUCCUCGUAUCGAGGCUUAUCCCCAGAGGAGCAGAGCAGAGGAAGACCAGGGGCAGGAUGAGGACAUGGAGGAUGAAGAAAGAGUUAAUUUUAAAGCUCUGUAUGAGUUGUCUAAGGCCUCCUCCAAGACGAGUGUAGGGAAAGCUCGCCAUGAUGAGGACAACAUUUCUAUCAUUGAACUGGAUUCUGUAACAACCAAUCCUACAAUAGAGGAGACUACAGAGUUUGUAGUUCAGGAGGUCAGUGAUUUAGAGGCCUGGACAGUCAAAGAGAGUGAGGACAGUGCUAGAGAAACCCAGAGAAGCAGCAAACCACCCAAGCCUUCAAAACGCAGAGCAGAUCCCAAAACAGAAAACGAAAUUAUCCCCUCAAAUGAAAACGUGUCAGCCAAACCACCAAUCAAAACUGAGGAUAGAUUAGGGUCAGGAAAGGUCAAGGACAGUCAUCAAGACCAAUCAAGGACAGAGAGUAGGGUCAAGUCUGGAAGAGUGCGACCUUUCUCUGCCAAAUCUAGACCACCGUCCAGUAGAGCAAAGAGCCGACAAGAUUCUCAGAGACCCGGAUCACAAACAAGAAGUAGAGCAGGAUCCAGGAUGGAAGGAGAAGGCUGUCUGACUAAGGGUCCCAGUGAAGCCUUGAGUAUGGUGGCCCAGAUGUCAGCAGAGGUCAAAGUUCAACGGAGUGUACCAUUGGAGGAGCUGUUUAUGAUUGGUGUAACCCCAGUACAGCAAGACAGAGUCAUGACCCCAUCCAGGGCCAAGAGUGCCAAGGACGAUAAAAUAAGAGUUAGCAAUCAAUUGUACCAGAUGGCCCCUCGCUCUUGGAGACCAGACAGCAGUCUCGCAGAAAAUGCACCAGAUGCACAAGUAGAACCUGUGGAGGACCCUUUAGCUGUUCCCAUGGAAACUGAUGCCAUUGAUAUGGUCAUGGGUGCUAACGUUUACCAUAGCAACGCUGAAAUAGUAGAUGCUGACACACCCACACCAAGAGCUCCUAGUCGCAGUGAUUCUCUUUUGAGAGAUUCCACCUUACCAGACUUCAGCUUUAGUCAUCCAUCAACAAAACAAAGAUCCCCUGAACCUCCACGAGAGAAAAGCUUCAGACAACCCAGCAGGCACUCAAAAAGCCGAUCCUCCCAUAGGACCCUCACCCCCAGAGUAGAGACCCCAGGGGCUGAACCCUCUGAUGACCUAGAACCUACUGAUGUACAAUCCUCUACAACUUUCGGAAAUCGUUCGCAUAGCAGAGGGGUAGAUCAAAUGGGGGCAAGAUCUGUCAGUAGAUCUGGUACUGGUAUAACUCCAAGAUCUGCGAGGGCAUCGUCACGCUUUGGAGGUCAGACCCCCAGGGCUGAGGGACUAGAGAGACCAAUGUCCAGGGCUAUAGUUGUGGAUGGGGAGGAUUUAUCAUCUUAUGAUGCUGUUGGGGACCAGGAAAAUAGGAACAUGGAAGACCAGGAGAGUUUGAAUAAACUGGAGUGGGAGCUGGCCUCAGAGUCUGGCAGAAUCACAGCUGAUGGCCAGAUAUCUCGGAUGAGUAUACUGCCAGACACGGAUGACGAGGGCAGCACAGGAAGUAGUCGCUCCUUCAGUCGGAUGAGUCAGCAGGAUCAGGGCUACGACAUCAACUCCAGGCUCAGGGAAGAUGAACUGUUGGACGAUGAAGAAGAAAGAGAAAGUGAUGAAGAAAAUGAGGUCAAAGCUCUUCAUUAGAAUCCAGAUUGGCUGCAUGAAAAUGUGUGGAACAAUUUUUGUCAAAACAAAAAUCAGUGAUCUUUAACAGU